AGGAGGAAACAAGGGAACAUGAGACAUUACUACAAACAUAUGAAGUAUAAAUACGGGGAGCAUACAUGCAUGAACCUAAAGCAUUACAGCAAACAAAAACAAAAACUAACAAGACUAACAGCACAACUAAAAUUCUUUCUGGAAUGCAGAAAAUACGAUAUAAUACCCAACCACUUGACAAAUGCAGCUACGAGAAUAACAAUAGAAACCACAUCACCAAAUAUAAAGCAACAAAUAGAGAAGGCGAAACGAUUAUUUCUCAAAAAAUUACUGAACAUAGAAAUCACACAGACAAAUAUAAACAUCAAAUCUACAAGAGACCAAAUGGGGUAUACUGAACGACAAUUAAAGCGCAACCUUAGUGAAAUCGAUUUAAACUCUUUCUUUUCCGACCAAACCCUUCUAAGCCAGAGAGUUGCAAAAGAACAGGAAACAAUACAGGCACAGAAAUUGGAGAGGCUAAAAUAUAAACAAUUACAAAAUCUGGGUAUCUGUGUAAACAGCGACUGGUUCAUAAACAAAACCAACAUACAUUUUCCCGAAGAAGUGAAAUGGUUGCUCUCUCUCGGUAGGAAAUUUACAAUUCCUACAACAAGUACCAGUCUGCAGCCGAUAAAAAUUAUUGCCGAAAUGGAACAAAUAAUACACCAAAUAGAGGAUGAGAGAACAAAAGAAAUGGAGAGAAGCAGGCUAAGCAACAGAAUAUUGCAAUACAAACGGCAAUCAAAACAUAACCCAGUGGAAAAAUUCAUACUUCACACUUUCGACAAAACUAAAGCCUUUUUACAAAAACACAAGGAGGACAUUAUUAUAACAGACUCAGACAAAGGAAACAAAACAGUAGCAAUAUAUAAAACAGAUUAUAGGGAAAAAAUGAAUAGCUUGCUAGGAGACAAAAACACAUAUAGAAUAGCAAGAAAUGAUCCAACAAAUGCACUACAAAAACAGAAUAAUAAAUUGGUCGGCGAACUUUACAAAAACAAAAAUAUAAAUAUUAAAGAAAAGAAACAACUUACCUGCACCGCAGCGACUGCGCCUCGGCUCUAUGGUUUACCAAAAAUCCAUAAACCGAACUUACCCCUACGUCCUAUAGCGUCAUCUGUCAGUGUCCCGUGUUAUGGUCUGUCAAAAUUUAUUGGAAAAUUCUUAGGUGACUUAACGUCGGAGGAAUACAACAUACGAAACUCAUUGAGACUGAAAGAAAGAUUAGAGAAGGUGCGUAUAUGUGAAGAGGACUUAUUAGUAUCAUUUGACGUGGUGUCAUUAUUCACCAACAUUCCCACAUAUCUAGCCAUCAAAAUAAUAAUGAGCAAAUUCAGUCAAAUUAUGUCUAGAACAAACAUACCAAAAAACAAGUUUUUGGAUCUCUUAAACUUCUGUCUUAAAGAUAACAAUUAUUUCAUGUACGAUGGCAAAAUCUACACACAAAGUUUUGGGAUGCCGAUGGGUAAUCCCCUCUCCCCGACUAUAGCAGAUAUAAUCAUGGACGACUUAUUGGAUAAUACAAUCUCGGAAUUAAAGAAACUUCACAACAUUGACAUCAAAUUCAUAGUUAAGUACGUGGACGACAUCUUCGCGAUAGUGAAACGAAACGACGUAGAUAUUAUUCUGAAAACAUUAAACCGGUACCACAACAAGCUGCAAUUUACUAUUGAAAGAGAGGAAAAUUUCAAGAUCCCCUUUUUAGACGUCCUCAUCCAUAGAAAAAAUGACGAAAUAUUACUUGACUGGUACUCCAAGCCUAUAUCGUCUGGACGAAUAAUAAAUUUUCUGUCCUCGCAACCCAUGAAAUACAAAAUUAACGCAGCAAAAAAUUUGUUAAAUAAAAUACUGACCAUAAGCCACAAACAAUUUUUAGAUGAAAAUACAAAGAAAAUCUACAAAAUCCUCACAAACAACAAUUACCCCAGUCACCUCAUAAAAACUCUAAUAGAACAAAAAUUAACAGAAGUAAACAACAAAGAAAAUAAAAUAACACCCACCGCAACAACAACUGAAACAAAACAAUACUUUAGCGUUACAUACAUACCUAAGUUGACGGACAAAUUCAACCACAACAUAAACGAACAUAAGAAAAACAUAACUCUGGCGUACAAGUCAAAUUGCACACUGUCCACAAUCUUCACAAAAACUAAAAGUCCGAUCGAAACCUACCAACAAAGCAACGUGGUGUACGAAGUGAAAUGCAUGGGAGGAGAAAAUGUAGACUGCAACAAAAUAUAUAUAGGUACAACGAAAAGAACACUGGGAAUCCGUUUACCAGAACACGAAGCGGACAUAAGAAAGGAAAAGAAAAACACAGCACUCGCACAACAUAUGUUAGAAAACAGUCACACAGCUGAUCUUGCAAACGCCAGAAUAAUAGAUGUUGAAAAGAGAGAGAGGACAAGAUACACACUAGAGAGCCUUCGCAUAUUAGAGAAUAGAAAAAGAACGAUGAAUACAAAAGAAGACACAGAUGAUAUUGCGGCUACUUAUUUAUUAUGUUUGUGACAAGAAAAUCAGUAUGACAAGUGUACCAAACGAUAAUGGUACAAUGCUCUAGCUUUUAAGUGUUUAUGUUUUAGUGUUUAUAUGUUUAUGUGUUUAUAUGUUAACAAAUAUACGUAUAUGAAAAUUGGCCCCUGAGGAUGCUAAGGAGUUUAGCGAAACGUAGGGCAAAGCAGUGAAGAAAAAACGUUGUUUUUACUUGCACUAAUCACCAACUAGGCCAAAGAAGCUCAUCAAAAUUAAUAAAAUUUACGAAGAAAAUUGGCCAGAAAAUAAGAAAUUAUAUUAAAUAUAUUUCGGAGAGCCUGCCGAUAAAGAUCUUUUUGUUUAUUUUAUUUUAACAUCAACGAAGGAGGAAACAAGGGAACAUGAGACAUUACUACAAACAUAUGAAGUAUAAAUACGGGGAGCAUACAUGCAUGAACCUAAAGCAUUACAGCAAACAAAAACAAAAACUAACAAGACUAACAGCACAACUAAAAUUCUUUCUGGAAUGCAGAAAAUACGAUAUAAUACCCAACCACUUGACAAAUGCAGCUACGAGAAUAACAAUAGAAACCACAUCACCAAAUAUAAAGCAACAAAUAGAGAAGGCGAAACGAUUAUUUCUCAAAAAAUUACUGAACAUAGAAAUCACACAGACAAAUAUAAACAUCAAAUCUACAAGAGACCAAAUGGGGUAUACUGAACGACAAUUAAAGCGCAACCUUAGUGAAAUCGAUUUAAACUCUUUCUUUUCCGACCAAACCCUUCUAAGCCAGAGAGUUGCAAAAGAACAGGAAACAAUACAGGCACAGAAAUUGGAGAGGCUAAAAUAUAAACAAUUACAAAAUCUGGGUAUCUGUGUAAACAGCGACUGGUUCAUAAACAAAACCAACAUACAUUUUCCCGAAGAAGUGAAAUGGUUGCUCUCUCUCGGUAGGAAAUUUACAAUUCCUACAACAAGUACCAGUCUGCAGCCGAUAAAAAUUAUUGCCGAAAUGGAACAAAUAAUACACCAAAUAGAGGAUGAGAGAACAAAAGAAAUGGAGAGAAGCAGGCUAAGCAACAGAAUAUUGCAAUACAAACGGCAAUCAAAACAUAACCCAGUGGAAAAAUUCAUACUUCACACUUUCGACAAAACUAAAGCCUUUUUACAAAAACACAAGGAGGACAUUAUUAUAACAGACUCAGACAAAGGAAACAAAACAGUAGCAAUAUAUAAAACAGAUUAUAGGGAAAAAAUGAAUAGCUUGCUAGGAGACAAAAACACAUAUAGAAUAGCAAGAAAUGAUCCAACAAAUGCACUACAAAAACAGAAUAAUAAAUUGGUCGGCGAACUUUACAAAAACAAAAAUAUAAAUAUUAAAGAAAAGAAACAACUUACCUGCACCGCAGCGACUGCGCCUCGGCUCUAUGGUUUACCAAAAAUCCAUAAACCGAACUUACCCCUACGUCCUAUAGCGUCAUCUGUCAGUGUCCCGUGUUAUGGUCUGUCAAAAUUUAUUGGAAAAUUCUUAGGUGACUUAACGUCGGAGGAAUACAACAUACGAAACUCAUUGAGACUGAAAGAAAGAUUAGAGAAGGUGCGUAUAUGUGAAGAGGACUUAUUAGUAUCAUUUGACGUGGUGUCAUUAUUCACCAACAUUCCCACAUAUCUAGCCAUCAAAAUAAUAAUGAGCAAAUUCAGUCAAAUUAUGUCUAGAACAAACAUACCAAAAAACAAGUUUUUGGAUCUCUUAAACUUCUGUCUUAAAGAUAACAAUUAUUUCAUGUACGAUGGCAAAAUCUACACACAAAGUUUUGGGAUGCCGAUGGGUAAUCCCCUCUCCCCGACUAUAGCAGAUAUAAUCAUGGACGACUUAUUGGAUAAUACAAUCUCGGAAUUAAAGAAACUUCACAACAUUGACAUCAAAUUCAUAGUUAAGUACGUGGACGACAUCUUCGCGAUAGUGAAACGAAACGACGUAGAUAUUAUUCUGAAAACAUUAAACCGGUACCACAACAAGCUGCAAUUUACUAUUGAAAGAGAGGAAAAUUUCAAGAUCCCCUUUUUAGACGUCCUCAUCCAUAGAAAAAAUGACGAAAUAUUACUUGACUGGUACUCCAAGCCUAUAUCGUCUGGACGAAUAAUAAAUUUUCUGUCCUCGCAACCCAUGAAAUACAAAAUUAACGCAGCAAAAAAUUUGAUAAAUAAAAUACUGACCAUAAGCCACAAACAAUUUUUAGAUGAAAAUACAAAGAAAAUCUACAAAAUCCUCACAAACAACAAUUACCCCAGUCACCUCAUAAAAACUCUAAUAGAACAAAAAUUAACAGAAGUAAACAACAAAGAAAAUAAAAUAACACCCACCGCAACAACAACUGAAACAAAACAAUACUUUAGCGUUACAUACAUACCUAAGUUGACGGACAAAUUCAACCACAACAUAAACGAACAUAAGAAAAACAUAACUCUGGCGUACAAGUCAAAUUGCACACUGUCCACAAUCUUCACAAAAACUAAAAGUCCGAUCGAAACCUACCAACAAAGCAACGUGGUGUACGAAGUGAAAUGCAUGGGAGGAGAAAAUGUAGACUGCAACAAAAUAUAUAUAGGUACAACGAAAAGAACACUGGGAAUCCGUUUACCAGAACACGAAGCGGACAUAAGAAAGGAAAAGAAAAACACAGCACUCGCACAACAUAUGUUAGAAAACAGUCACACAGCUGAUCUUGCAAACGCCAGAAUAAUAGAUGUUGAAAAGAGAGAGAGGACAAGAUACACACUAGAGAGCCUUCGCAUAUUAGAGAAUAGAAAAAGAACGAUGAAUACAAAAGAAGACACAGAUGAUAUUGCGGCUACUUAUUUAUUAUGUUUGUGACAAGAAAAUCAGUAUGACAAGUGUACCAAACGAUAAUGGUACAAUGCUCUAGCUUUUAAGUGUUUAUGUUUUAGUGUUUAUAUGUUUAUGUGUUUAUAUGUUAACAAAUAUACGUAUAUGAAAGUAAGU